ACGUCUCCUCUUGCUUUUGGCACCAAACCCCGACGUCUCUUGGCCCCUCCCCUUGGGCCCAAACCCCUCAGAGUCUCCUCUUGUCCUCCUUGCCCCCAAAAACUCUCAGACGUUCUUGACGUCCCCUUGUCCUCUUGGCCCCAAACUCCGGACGUCUUUUGGUUCCCCCUCCUUGGCCCCCAAACCUUCAGACGUCCCCUCUUGUCCUCCUUCACCAAACUCAGACGUUCUUGGUUCCCCCUCCUUGGCACCAACCCCGGGAGUCCCCUCUUGUCCCCCUGGCACCAAAUUCGGGACGUCUUUUGGUCUCCUCCUCCUUGGCCCCAAAACCCCAGAGCCCUUUUGUCCCCCUUGGCACCAAACUCUCAGACGUUUUUUGGUCCCUCCCCUUGGCACCAAACCCUAG